UCGAGAGGCAGAGAGGGGCCGCGGCAGGAGUUGGAGCGGUUGGAGCUGUGCUUGCGGGGAGGGGGGGGUCGGAGAGUGACGGCGGAGGAGCAGCAGCAGGGUCGGUGUCUAAGGGCCCGGGUGUGUGUCUGUGCUUGUGGGCGAACGAGACGAGCAGAAGUCGUGAGACUUCUCCUUUGGAGCUUCCUUGCCGAGAAUCCGAUGUUGGGCUCGGCUCCCUGGCUGAAUACAGAAGAUCAGCCCAUGAAAACUUCUAUUCCCAGCCCAAGGAAGAAGUCCAGCAAAAGGCAGCACCUACUUUUUCAGGCUUGGAAGCAAGAAAGGGGACGAGAGUUGGAGAGUGUGGAAUCUGAGAAGACAACUGAAAGGUGACAUUUAAGUUGAAGAUGGGUGGUGGAGAAAGAUACAACAUUCCAGUUCCCCAGACUAGAAAUACCACCAAGAACCAUCAACAACUGAAAAAUAGGCAGAAGAAUAAAGACCAGAACUCCCAGAUGAAGACUUACAUGAAGAAGGAAAGAGGACACAGCUGCAGUUCAUCACCCAGUGCAUGGCAGGCCAUGCAGAAAGGGGGGAAGAGCAACAUGCACUUCCCCAGCAACCAGAGCUGGAGUCCUACCUUGGCAAAUCGUAACCUGUUCUUCACACCUCAGACCAACCAGAACUAUGCUGGAGCAAAAUUUAGUGAGCCACCCUCACCAAGUGUUCUUCCUAAACCACCAAGCCACUGGGUACCCGUUCCUUGUAAACCUUCUGAUAAGGAAAUCAUGACAUUUCAGCUGAAAACCUUACUGAAAGUCCAGGCUUGAGCUGUAACUUUGGGUAUUUCUGAAGUUACUCAACUUCACAGGGUUCCAGAUUGGAGAGUUGUUCCUAACUCAGCUGCACAGGUGUACAGAAUCAGAUGUUCUUGCUUCAGGUAGUUUAAGUCACUUGGAAGGGAAAGGGGCAGAAGUUUACACUCCCCUCGUGUUUUACCUCAAGAGUUGUGUGCUGUGUUCACUGUGAAAUAGUUUUGUUUUCUCUAAUGAGUCGAAUCCUGAGCAGUCAGCACUUAAGUGUUUAUUGCGGGAGUCAGUGGGACUGCCUCCCAGCACGGCCAUUGUGACUACUUGGUUAGUGUGGGGUUAGAAAACCAGCUUUUACCUGACUUAAUGCAGCAUUAACUGGAAAAAACCCAGGCACUGAAAGCUCUUCAGGUAUUUGGCUGCUUUUCCAACUUGGCUAACAUUUGCUAGUUGAGGAAGAACCCUGCAGGAGAGGGUUUGAGGAGCAGAGCUCCAGCGAGGCACUAGGCAAAGCACAGAGAGUUCUUGGUUGUAGCUGUCAGCUUCCUUUAGCACUCCUGAACUGGUGGCCAAGCGUUUCAAGCCUGUGACCAAAAGAGAUGCAGGAAAGGUCAUCAGUGCAUGUUCCUCAAGGGCUGGAAGAGCCUCUGGGGCAGAGCUGUCCCUGCCCCUCUUCAGCUCAGCAACAUUCGAGCGGGAUCUCAGCAAGCCACUGUGCCAACUACCAACACUGCAUUGCCAGGUGACUGCCAAAGGAAGGAAUCCUUUUGUUCCCCUUGCACUGAUGAGUUAAAACUCUGCAUCUUUGUAUCCCUUUUGGAUAGUUUAGAGCCCUCUUCGACUUGGGUUACCCUGUGAGGCUGAAGUUCCAGUAGCUUGUGGCAGGUGUUCAGAUGUUUCUUAGGGAAGACAGAGCCAUGUAAAUAAGUGUAAAACUUUGUAGCAUAUGUAAAUGGAUGCCAGGCUUUCCUGCACAGAAGUAUUUUUAGUACAAAACUGCUGAAUGUAAGAUGACCACGCUGAGGACGUGGCCUGAGUGGAGAAAAAAAAAAUAUUUUGUUAAAAAAAAAAAGUUAAAAAAAGAAGAAAAAAAAAAAAGCCAUUUGUGGCUGUGCCCUUGCACUUACCAUCUGUGAACAGACAUUUUACUGGGCUCUGAGCUCACGUUUGAGGCAAAAUCAGUGCCAAAAGAGGCUUAUUUAGAAAGUUUAAGUAAAAUAAAAUUUUAAAAACCUUAAAAAAAAAAAAUUCUGAAGUUUUAGCUUAGGUGCUGGUGUUUGUACUGGACAGGUGUGAGUGAUGGGAUGGAAUCACACCAAGGUGUGCAAAACCAAAUGGAAUGUUCUGUGUGGCGGAGGUUUGAGUGCUUCCCAACACCGAAGCACUGAAGAACUUCUAUUUCUCAGACAGCAAUUGGCAUUUAUUUUUUGUCCCCAAACUUGCAGAGUGGGGACAGAGGCGUCUUUGGGUGUUGUCACAGUUCAGCUGAAGCUGUAACAGAAACAGCUGAACUGUGAUGACAGGCUCCAAGGUGAUUUCAAACUAGAGCAAUAAUUAAAGUGCUGUAAUAAGUUCAGCAGAGGGUGGGAUGUUCUCUGAGGUGUCUCUCUACAUUCAACCCCUGUUGGCAGCUGGCUGAAUGUUUACAGAUCUAUUGCUCCAAAUCAGGUGAAAUUGGCAUUCUUUAAACAGGUCUCUGUGACCUGAACCCUCACCAGUUUAUGAACUGUGUCCCAGUUACAAUUGUGUCGAGUUCAAAUUGUCAGUGGAGAGUGGUGUGUGUACCAAUUGGAAACCAAAAAUGCAAUAAAUUAACUUUUCACCCCCUAAA